GGAGGAGGUGGAGAAGGCGACGACUAAGGGGGCAGUGAGACACCCUUCAAACCAGGACAGGGUAGACUGGGCUUCUAGUCUCGAGGCAGGACUGGCUUGACCUCCUUUUGGCUCCAUUUCGAUCUCCCCUCAUCCUUCUCCCUUUUCGUGCGUAGUGGGGGUGGGGGCUAACCGGCUUUCUCUCCCCUUCUCUCCCCUGCUGGAGCAGGGCCUUCCGACCCUCGACCUGAAUCUCCCUGGAGGCGAGCGGAGCUGCCUCCCGGGCCAAGCUUGCACUGCGCUGAGGAGUCAUAACCCUUCGCCAGCAGACACAGCUAAGGGGUGGGCGGGUACGCCGCGCCCACCACUUGGAUCCUCGUUCUUCGAACCCCUAUCCCUUCCCCUCACCCCUUAUCUCUAUCCUCCUUCCUUAACCCCCCAUUUCUAGCACGCUUUCACGAGCUCUACUCCCCACCCGCGCCCCUCCAUCCUCAGCUCUUCGCUGUUCCUCCGGAGCCCUGAUCCCCGCCCCUCACCCUCAGAGCCCCAGUCCCUACCCCUUCGUUCCUUGCGCCCUGAUCCCUAUUCCACACUUCCAUAGUCCGGAUCCCUAUCUCUAACCCCAACUACCCCUUCUUGGCCCACCUCCUCUCUACCAGGAGUACCUAGAAUUUCCUUCUUCCUCUCCCUCCUUUCCUUCUCUCCUUUCCCCUCCCUUCUUUCUCUUCUUUCUCCUCCUUCCCUCCCUCCCUCUCCUUCCCCUCCUUCUUUCUCCUCCCUUCCUCCCUCCCCUCCCUCCCUCGGCCGCCUUUCCUCCUCCUCUCUCCGACCGAUAAUUCAUUCUCCCCACCGGAGCCAGCCAGUCUGGGUGUCGCGGGAGGAUCGGGGGCGAGGAGGAAGAGGAAGAGGUCCACUGUCUUUCUUGGGGAGAGAAGAUGAGGAACUUCAGAGAUAUGAAAUGAAUUGCCGACUGUCACACAGCUAGUCUCCUGUUUACAAGACCACCUAAAGAAAGUCUGGAUCAGAAGUUUGGACCAUGGGGAGUAGCAAAAGCAAACCCAAAGACCCCAGUCAGCGACGCCGAAGCCUGGAACCCACCGAGAGUGUCCUCCACAGUGGCUUCCCUGCCUCUCAGACCCCUAGCAAGGUGUCUGUGCCUGAUGCCCACCGCACUCCCAACCCAUCCUUUGGGACCACAGCACCUGAGCCAAAGCUCUUUGGGGGCUUCAACACGUCAGACACAGUCACCUCCCCCCAGCGCUCGGGGCCUUUGGCAGGUGGGGUGACCACUUUCGUGGCCCUGUAUGACUAUGAAUCCCGCACUGAGACAGACCUGUCCUUCAAGAAAGGGGAGCGCCUGCAGAUAGUCAAUAACACGAGAAAAGUGGAUGUCAGAGAGGGAGACUGGUGGCUGGCCCACUCUCUCACCACUGGGCAGACUGGCUACAUCCCGAGCAACUACGUAGCCCCAUCCGAUUCUAUCCAGGCUGAGGAGUGGUACUUUGGCAAGAUCACCCGUCGGGAGUCUGAGCGGCUGCUGCUUAAUUCGGAGAAUCCCCGAGGCACAUUUCUGGUUCGGGAAAGUGAGACCACCAAAGGUGCCUAUUGCCUUUCUGUCUCUGACUUCGACAAUGCCAAGGGCCUCAAUGUGAAGCAUUAUAAGAUCCGAAAGCUGGACAGUGGAGGCUUCUAUAUCACCUCUCGCACACAGUUCAACAGCCUGCAGCAGCUCGUGGCCUAUUACUCCAAACAUGCUGAUGGCUUGUGCCACAGACUCACCAAUGUCUGCCCGACGUCCAAGCCCCAGACCCAGGGCCUGGCUAAGGAUGCCUGGGAGAUCCCCCGGGAGUCCCUGCGGCUGGAAGUGAAACUGGGUCAGGGCUGCUUUGGAGAAGUGUGGAUGGGGACCUGGAAUGGCACCACCAGAGUAGCAAUAAAGACCCUGAAGCCUGGCACUAUGUCCCCAGAAGCCUUCUUGCAAGAAGCACAGGUCAUGAAGAAGCUUCGGCACGAGAAGCUGGUACAGCUGUAUGCUGUGGUAUCUGAGGAGCCCAUCUACAUCGUCACAGAAUAUAUGAACAAGGGGAGCUUGCUGGACUUUCUUAAAGGUGACAUGGGCAAGUAUCUUCGGCUGCCCCAGCUAGUGGACAUGGCUGCUCAGAUUGCGUCUGGUAUGGCCUAUGUGGAAAGGAUGAACUACGUUCACCGAGACCUCCGGGCUGCCAACAUCCUGGUGGGAGAGAAUCUGGUAUGCAAGGUGGCAGACUUUGGGCUGGCCCGGCUUAUCGAGGACAACGAGUACACUGCCAGACAAGGUGCCAAAUUUCCCAUCAAAUGGACAGCCCCAGAAGCUGCCCUAUAUGGCCGAUUUACCAUCAAGUCUGAUGUGUGGUCCUUUGGAAUCCUGCUGACUGAGCUGACAACCAAGGGUCGAGUGCCAUACCCAGGGAUGGUGAACCGGGAGGUGUUGGACCAGGUUGAGCGAGGAUACCGGAUGCCCUGCCCACCAGAGUGCCCUGAAUCCCUGCAUGACCUCAUGUGCCAGUGCUGGCGAAAGGACCCUGAAGAACGGCCCACCUUUGAAUACCUACAGGCAUUCCUGGAGGACUACUUCACAUCCACAGAGCCCCAGUAUCAGCCUGGGGAGAACCUAUAGAGUUGGGCUGGGGCCCUGGUGCCAAAGACUCCCUCUUGUCCCUCAGGAUUGCCCUGAGGGCUUGCUGGGCCAGAGGCCUAUCCAGCUGAGACCAUGGUGCUGUAGCUAUGGUGGGCUCUUCCCAGAGCUUGGGCAAUGGGCCACUUCUUCCCCCCUUGCCUGGCCAAAGGGACUUGGUCACCCCCUCUCUGCCAACAGUGAUGAUGAUUUUGCCCUUGAGGUGAGCAGCAGUGAGGUGGUGGCCCCAGAGCUGCCAGUAAUAGAGCUGAAGGGCUGAAUGUCUGAGCCUUAGGCCUACUCUGCCAUGGCAUUCCAUUCCAGCCCCUAGCCUCCCUCUGCUCUUUGGGAGGAUGGAGGGACCAGAUUCUUGGAGCAGCAGAUCUCAGGCUGACAGCUCAGCACUGAAGGUCAAUGUGGGCACUGAAGACCCCUUUCCCUUCCCUGCCGUAUCCCUUGUCACUCACUCCCUCCUCCCCAGAAAAACCAUAUUCUCUUUCCUGGGCUAACCGCCUUGUCUCGUGUUACCAGCCAGUACAACAGGUUCUUAUGGAAAAAAGAGCUUGGGGCAUUUCUUGGGUGGAAUAGGGAUGGUCAGAGCCUUAUCUAUAGCUCACAGCUGAAAACUAGGAAUAGCCUCAGCCCUUCUAGCUCGGCCCAGUGGGCCUGGAGCCUGCCCAGAUGAGGAAAAGGCUCAUAUCUGGCUCAGUGCAAAUCAGGUUGCAGAUAUCCGUCUUCCAGUACCUGUCCAGUCCAGUCGCCUUCCUCCAACAGUUAAUACUGUAGGACUUGUUCAUUAGAAAAUCAUGAUGAAGAUAUCUUGUUGACAUUUUUUGGGACCUCAUGUUGAGGACUCUCCUCUUCCCUCUGAAACUGGUCAAACAUUUCUAACGGAUGCUUUUUCUGGGAUCUCUCCCAUUUUAGUGUUUGGCUGUGGUCAGCAAACUUCUGCUCAGUGUUUAGGCCUAGUACCUAUCAAACCCUUUGCCCCACCUCCUGAUCCUGAUUUAUUUAUUCCCAGCUUCUUGCUCAUGAGCUGCCCAAAGAUCCCCUUUUCCAAGCUGAAGAGCCACCUCUAACCCAGGGGUCCUUCACGGCUGCAGGGCUCAUUCCUCUCUCACCCUUCACUCAUAUACCCUGCCAAUCCAUGAGAGUAAGGGGUCUUGCUGCCCCUAGCCAUUGUGCUUGGAACCCCUUCAGGAAAGCUUAGCCCAGGAGUCUCCUUUGCAUUAGAGUUGGCCUCUUUUUCCAUGAGGGACUAAAUCUUAGAGUUCUAAGGGCAUUUUGGAGAACUCAACCCAUUAUAGUUUCACUCUUCACCUCAGCAGCAGGUCCUGAUCCUUUGGGGUUGUAGGCUUUAAAAUGGCAGUUUCCAAUCUUCCUUCCCUCCUUCCAAACCAGUGUAGUGUCUCCAGGGCUCUAAAUAGGAUGCCCAUUGAGCACUGGGCUCCCUCAUUAAAGGCUGGCAUAGAAUCCUCACUUAAUCCCAUGCUUCCACUCCUUCCCCCCCUCAAGAAUGUUCUUCCUCCAGGGUGGGGCUUCUAAGUUGGGGAGGAAGGAGGUAGAAUAGGGGGAGAAGCCAGAAAAGUCUGAUUUUUAUCACAGGGGCAAGACAGAGCUGGGGACUGGUCAGCAGCAGUUAGUGGUCUAAGUCCAUCAGAGUUCUCUUCCUAUUCUGAACUCAGUACCUGUUGUCUUUAGAGAUUUUUUUUUUCCAAUUCUCACCAGGUGACUUAAGGCUGUAAUCACAAUACAAAGCCACAGGAUGUCAGAGCUAGAUCAACUAAUGAACCCAUUUUACAGGGGAUGAAACUGAGGCCCAGAAGAGGGAAAAUAACUUUUCCCAGGUCACACAGUGAAUCAGUGGCAGGGGUGGGACUUGAAACACCUGAAACAUCACAAUAGGCUGAGAAUCUGACAGCUUAAAGCCUGUUUCCAAAGCUUAGAAUGUGAUGGUCUUUGUCCCUGAGAGAUGGGAACAGAAGCAAUGACAAAGAUAACCAGCUACAUCCUUACCCCCUCCAAGGUGGUACACACCAGGGGAAACCCAAUAUGGCCACAGAGAAAUCGGGGGAGGGGGAGAGGGUUUGGUGUCUUUUUUUGUGGGGGGGGUGGGGAAUUUUUUUUCAUUGUCUCUGAGUUGGAAGUGACCUUAGAAGUUCUACAGUCCAACCCCCUGUCAGUAUUCCUAAUGGGAUUAUCCAGCCUCUGCUUGGAAACCAAUGACAGGAAACUUGCUACCUUUAAAAUAAUUUAGAUGUGCCAACAGAACUUGGACCCACUCCUCCAGCUCAUGAGGAGGUGGGGCCUGGCUGAAGGAAUAUAAAAUCUGGUGACAGAAACAUCUGUCAAAGAUAAGGGAACCUAGCCCUCGAGUCUUCCCUGGGUCAGAACACAGCCUGACAGGGGCCUUGCAUUUCUUAUAGACCCUGAAGGCUCACUGCCAUUUUUGGCUAGGUCUUCCUCACUCCUAUCCCUCCUUCGUCCCCAACCCCCACCCCUAACCCCCCAUCUUCCCAUCAAACUUGUCUUUCUAGGCACAGACCCUGACAAGGUUGUCAAUGCUGAUGGCAACAGGGGGUGGAGGGAGCAGCAUUUCCUCAGAAACUUAACUUUACAAAAGAGGUCCUCAAAAGGUUGGGAAGCCAGGGUUGGCAUGUGUGUGUGUAUGUGGGUGCAUGUGUGUAGCUGUGUGUCCAUAUUUAACAUGUAAACAAAUCCUUUGAGGAACAUUGUACAUUACCUUCUUCCUAUUCCACACCCCCCAGUGGUAGGCCCAGUCAGUCAUCCCUCCCACCUCUCAGCAGUAUAGCAAUAAUGACCACAAGCACCCUAGGGUUCACUUGCCCAGGGCUGGGGCUGCACACCUGGGGCUAAUCUCUUCAAUCUCUGCACCAAUCAGCUGAGAAUGCAGGCUCAGGCCCAGGGAGCCCCAGGAGGAGGUGGCUGGGAUUCCUUGUGCCAACCAGGCCUUGCCCACAAGGAAGGGCAUUGGCAAUGGCCUCCCUCAAAACCCCAGCCAGUUCUGAGUUUCACCACUUCCGUUCUUCAACCUCCCCUCCCCCGCCCCCAGCCAAUAAAGAGGCAAUUUGUUACCUAAUGAAACUGUACCAUAAUGAUUGCUGUCACUGUCUGGAUGCUCUACAGCAUUCCUGUCCUUCUGAAGAACUCAGUCUCUUGCUACAAGAGGUUCUGAAGCUGUCAUUUUUUAAAGCAGUGUUUUGUAAAUUCCAGAUGACUAUGCAGAGGCCUUGGGGUCUCUCGCCCUCACCCUGGUUUGGCUGUGUGUAGCGUUCAGCCUUGGUGGGGGGCGGGGAGGGAGGGAUGUUUUGAGAAUUGCAAAAAGGUGGUUUGUAAAUACUUUGCAUUUUGUCUGAUUAAACACAAACAGACCUCA